UCUAGAGUUUGACUUAUAAAGCUCACACAUAUUAUAAUAUGGCUACUAUGUGAAUGAAUGCUGAAAAAUACAUGGAAUGCCAACUAAAACUACGUCAUGAGUAGUAUGAUAUUUGUAUUUUAUUUUCUAUGCGAUGGUGUUUUGAAUUCCGGCAUAUUGCUUAAUAUUGAUGAAUAGAAUAUAUCCAUCUUACACCCAUGUACCAGCAUAUCAAUGGUGAUACGAGAAAACUUUGAUGACAAGAGAUUUACCCGAGUUCGUAAUCUUAUUCAUCUACCCGCCAGCAGAUGUGUUGUGUUAGCGAAGCGCUCGCUGGCUACCGCUGUGUACAUGUGUUGUGUGGGUGACAAGGUGCGAUGUGGAUGAUGAUGCAAGAAUUGCAAGUAAUCCGCUAAAAUUGUUUUCAAGCUUUCCUUAUUUCUGUGUCAUUUAUGAAUGGGAUUUUGCUACGCGGCAUAAGGUGUGAAACAAGGAUAAACAAAGUUUAAAAAGCUGAAAUUACGCUAAGAAGACAAUCGGACAAUAUGAACCAAGACGCCAGUACGGGUAAUCUGUCGACUAUAACUCCACGUUCCCGGCAUGUGAGGGAUUUCAUUGUUGAUUUCCUGGCUGGAUCCGCAGGGGGUACUGCUUGUGUAUACUGCGGCCAGCCGCUAGACACUAUAAAAGUAAAAAUGCAAGCGUUUCCAGGCUUCUAUAGAGGAGGAUUGGACUGCUUCAAACAAAUUCUAAAAUCGGAAGGGCUCAACGGUUUAUACAAAGGAUCUGUGCCAGCUCUUGUUUGUAAUGUUGCUGAAAAUUCUGUUUUGUUUGUGGCUUUGGGGUUUUCUAAAAAGUUUGUAGCUUCUGUUUCUAAUACUGAUUAUAAAAAAUUAAGCACGCUGCAAAUGGCCUCUGCUGGUAGUAUCGCUUCAAUUUUUUCUGCUAUGGUGGUUUGUCCCAAUGAGCUAAUAAAAUGUAGAAUGCAAGCACUGACAGAAAUGGCUGCUUCUGGGAAAAUUGUGAAUAAAUCUAUGGGCCCAUGGGGUAUAGUUAGACAAAUUAUGAGGGAAAGGGGUCCGAGUGGAUUUAUGACUGGUAUUACGAGUACAUGGGCUAGGGAGUUACCUGGUUACUUUGCAUUUUUUUAUGGGUAUGAGUUAACAAGAGACCUUUUAACUCCGGCUGGUAAAACAAAAAAUGACAUUGGACCUUUGGGCUUAAUGUUUGCUGGGGGAACAGCUGGUGUGUUUUUGUGGAUUCUUGUUUAUCCAAUUGAUGCUGUGAAAUCACAAAUACAAGUUUUAUCACAGACAGGAAAACAGUAUGGCUUUCUGAAAACAUUUCGUGGUGUUGUGCGAACUAAAGGAUUUUUUUCUCUAUAUUCUGGGUUGUUACCGUGUAUCAUACGAAGCUAUCCAGCAAACGGAGCUUUGUUUCUUGCAUAUGAAACCACCCAGAAGCUUCUAGAAAACUUCUAGAGAGUAAUAUUUGAAACCACUAUAGAAAUCUUGGAUUUAUAAUUAUGAAUUGAAGAUGAAACAUCUUAGAUGUAGUUUUUUUCAUCUAUAAUUUCUAGCCUCCAUCUUCUUAUUUCAUUUGCCAAAGGCAAAAUUUCUUCCUGUUGAAGACAAUAUUCUGUUUUAUCUAAUUUGAAUUGUAUUAAUUUGUGUUUUAAAUAAACCACUGAUUGUUCUUUAUGAAUCUGGACUGAUUCCUGAACUCAAAAGCAUUGCCUGAUUCUGAAUCGUGUUUUUUGUAUGCUUGUAUUAUUAUUAUUUUUUUUGGUGGGCGGGCGCGUACUUUUACGUUUUUUAACUUUAUUUAAAGUUAUGCUCGCCUUCCAGGUAUCUCUGCAUGUUGUUUGUUCGUCUACUUUUUGUGCUGUUUUGUUUUUAUGUCAGAGUACCGAAAUAAAUGAUUGAUUGAUUGAUACAUUUAGAGUAUCAAUAUUCAGGUGUAUUCUUGUGAUGCGAAAAGUUGAUUAGAAACCUUCAUAUAGUUGUAUUACUAUUACUCCACCUAUAUUUAUUCCAAGAAAUGUUACUAAAAUUUUUACCUGUUAUAGGUCACCCUCUCACUUUUUAAUUUCUAGUCAAUCAUGACUUUAAAAUGAAUUCUAAUAUUGUAAGUUUCUUAUGAACAUUGUAAAGUUUUAACUGGGGAGGUCUCUAAAAACACUGUUUGCAUAUAUGCCUCAGCUGAAAUUUCUUUGCUUCAUAAUUCCUUUAUUUUGUGAUAUGAUACAUGCAUUCUAUUACAGAAUAGUUAUUUUGCAUGGCUAAUGCUGGCUGAGACCCAACUCUGUAAAUAUAUUUCCCAAUAAUCAAGUGCAAACCAUAUUUAAAUUUGAAUUCUAAAACUUUAGCUGAAUUGCGAAUAAUUUUUGAUCAGUGAAGCUGUGUGUUGUUUUUCCUAAUUAUCAUUUUAAUGUGAUAUGAAUUAUUGUUUUAUUAGA